AUGAACGCCACGUUUGCUAUGAAAGCUGGUGGGAAACUAGAACCGAUCAUUCCACGGCGGUCGAAAACUCCGAAAUCACACACACCCGACGACGGCGGCGGCGACCGGUGUAUGCAUAGCCCGCAUAGAUCGAGAAGACGACGGAGGCCAAAGAAUCCGAUCACUGUCGAUACGUGUAAAGCCAAAUCGUCACUGGAAGUCGUACGUCUUGCUUUGAAAGAGUUAGGAUGGAGCUGGAAAGAGGUUCCAUAUGGACGCAAGUCUGGUUGUGAUAUCUAUUGGCAUUCAGCAUAUUUCCAUGAUUCAGAUGAACCUGGAUUAUAUAAUGCCAAAGUUAAUAAAUUCCCAGGAAUGGUGGAAAUUGUUCGAAAAGUAUCAUUAACGAGAAUCAUGGGUCAAAUGAGAAAUCUGUUUCCUGAUGAGUAUGAUUUUUAUCCUCGAUCAUGGAUUCUACCCGACCAGUACCACCACUUUGCAGCAGAAGUUGCGAGCAUGGCCAAAGAAACCCCGAAACAGAAACGUUUUUUCAUCGUCAAACCAGAUGACGGGGCACAAGGAGAAGGAAUCUAUUUACUAAACAAUCCUCAGUCGAUUACAUCAAUUGGGAUGGUUCGUUCGGCAGUCGUACAGGAAUAUAUCUCAAAUCCAUUGCUAGUGGAGCGCAAGAAAUUUGAUUUGAGAAUCUAUGUGGUGCUGACGAGUCUAGAUCCAUUGAAAUUCUACCUAUGCAAAGAGGGAAUGGCCAGGUUCUGUACUGAACAAUACCAAGCUCCGUCCAUGAAGAAUUUACAUCAUACGUAUAUGCAUUUAACGAACUAUAGUUUGAACAAACAUAGCGAUAAUUUCAUUCAUGCUGAUAACGUUGCCAAAGGUAGCAAACGAACCAUGACCAGUAUGUGGGCUUUGCUCCAGGAGAAAGGAGUCGAUAUUUCCCAGUUAUGUAAAGAUAUUGAGAAGGUCAUCUGUAAAACAAUCCUUGCGUUAAUACCAGAGUUGAAGGUACAAAUGCAUGCAGAGCUGUCGUCAGGAAAGUCAAUGCCAUCGUGUUUUCAGAUUUUAGGUUUAGAUAUAUUAUUAAGCUCAGAUUUAAAGCCAUAUCUACUGGAGAUCAAUGCUAAUCCGAGCUACAGAUUAGACUACGAUCACGAAGUUGCUCCCGGUGUAUACGAGAACUUGAUCAGUCCAGUAGAUGAAGAGAUCAAGAUACCACUCGUCAAAGAUACUUUGCGACUAGUUAAACCAGUGAGAAGAAUUACUACAAAGAGUGCCUCUAUAUCAGCAAGACCAAACAGUACUGACCCCGAUGAAAUCACAGUUGAAGUGUCACAACUGGAUUUAGAUGAAAAUAAAUCACCGAGGCAUCGGAAACAAAAGGAAUCCUGUCUGGAAGAGUUAUUCCCUGCCAAAUAUGGAGAACAAUACGAAUUUGUGAGGAUCCUGGAGAGGAUCGCGUUUCUUUUUAAUCACUUCUUGGGAGUACGAGGAGGAUUGAGAAUGGGAGCGACAGGUUUCAGAACAUUUACAAGGAGAUGUAAACUGUGUACGUUUGGAUUAAGCACUGCUUCUGUAGACAUUCUAUUUAUAGACAUGGUUAGGAAAUGGAAUGCCAUGAACCCUGAUGGAAUAUCAGGACUCUGCUUUGAUGGAUUUGUUGAAGCCUUCUCUGUUAUCGCCUACCGCAAAUUUCGCGGCAUCACUCUGCAGGAAAAGGUGGUAUCUCUGCUCGAUCUGUGCGAGUGUCACCUUAAUGCCGGCAUUGUCUGGCCACCGCAACGUAGACCGCGUGUACGCAGACUGCCUCGUGUACAAGACAGCAAUGAAUACUUGAAAGUACGUAAGCAGAUGCAAGGUCUGGAGAAUUAA